CGCGGGGGUGCCCGACGCAGACGCAGAGACCAGCUUGACCCGGAGGAGAAGCGAAUCGGCCAUUUUGGGCUGAAGGGGGCUUUCAGUCACCACGUGAGAGAGGAGAGCCCGAAAGGGAGCGAUCGAGCCAGAGCGAAGAGUCGGAGAACAAGGGGAGAGAGGGAGAGAGAGAUUUACAUAGUGGUAAUUCACAUGUGCUGAGCUAAAGGAAAUAUUGUGACCCGAACAAUGCCGACAGUCACUUUGCCGCCUAAGGAGAACGCUCUCUUUAAGAGGAUUUUGAGAUGCUACGAACACAAGCAGUACAGAAAUGGCCUGAAAUUCUGCAAACAGAUCCUCUCCAACCCCAAGUUUGCUGAGCAUGGAGAGACGCUGGCCAUGAAGGGGCUGACCCUCAACUGCCUUGGCAAGAAGGAGGAGGCCUACGACCUGGUCCGACGAGGCCUGCGCAACGACCUCAAGAGUCACGUCUGCUGGCACGUCUACGGCCUUCUGCAGAGGUCGGACAAGAAGUACGACGAAGCCAUCAAAUGCUACAGAAAUGCACUGAAGUGGGACAAAGACAAUCUCCAGAUCCUGAGGGACCUCUCCCUCCUGCAGAUCCAGAUGCGGGACUUGGAGGGGUACAGGGAGACGAGGUACCAGCUUCUCCAGCUGAGACCAGCACAGAGGGCCUCCUGGAUUGGCUAUGCAAUAGCAUAUCACCUUCUGGAAGACUACGAAAUGGCAGCAAAAAUCAUAGAAGAGUUUAGGAAAACGCAACAGACUUCUCCAGACAAAGUGGACUACGAGUACAGCGAGCUGCUGCUCUAUCAAAACCAGGUUCUUCGAGAAGCUGGUCUUUAUAAAGAAGCUCUUGAGCACCUCAUCACUUACGAGAAGCAGAUCUGUGACAAGCUGGCGGUGGAGGAGACCAGAGGAGAGCUGCUGCUGAAUCUGGAGCGCUUGGAGGAGGCCAAUGAGGUGUACCACCGCCUGCAAGAGCGGAACCCGGAGAACUGGUCCUACUACCACGGCCUGGAGAAAGCCCUGAAGCCCGGUAGCGUAGAAGAAAGGCAGAAGAUCUACGAGGAGGCCUGGGUGCAGUAUCCCAAGGGCCUGGUGCCACGCCGGCUCCCGCUAAACUUCCUGUCCGGUGAAAAGUUUCGCGAGUGUCUGGAUAAAUAUUUAAGAAUGAACUUCAGCAAAGGCUGUCCGCCUGUUUUCACCACCCUCAAGUCCCUGUACCACGACAAGGAGAAGGUGUCCAUAAUUGAAGAGUUAGUAGUUGGUUAUGAAACGUCUUUAAAUGUCUGCCGAAUGUUCAAUCAAAACGACGAUGGUAAGGAGGAGCCGCCCACCACCCUGCUCUGGGUGCAGUACUUCCUGGCGCAGCACCACGACCAGAUCGGUCAGCAGACCCUGGCCCUGGAGUACAUCAACGCAGCCAUCGAGAGCACACCCACCCUCAUCGAGCUCUUCCUCAUCAAAGCCAAAAUCUACAAGCACGCGGGAAACAUCAAGGAGGCUGCGCGGUGGAUGGAUGAGGCCCAGGCGCUGGACACGGCCGACCGCUUCAUCAACUCCAAAUGCGCCAAAUACAUGCUGAAAGCAGGCAUGGUGAAGGAGGCUGAGGACAUGUGCUCCAAGUUCACUCGGGAGGGGGCGUCGGCGGUGGAGAACCUGAACGAGAUGCAGUGCAUGUGGUUCCAGACUGAGUGCGCACUGGCCUACAAGUCCAUGAACAAGUACGGGGAUGCGCUCAAGAAGUGCCACGAGAUCGAGAGGCAUUUUGUGGAGAUCACGGACGACCAGUUUGACUUCCACACGUACUGCAUGCGUAAGAUGACCCUGCGGUCAUACGUGGACCUGCUGAAGCUGGAGGACGUCCUGCGCAUGCACCCCUUCUACUACAAGGCUUCCCGGACGGCCAUCGAGAUUUAUCUCGCCCUGCACGACAACCCGCUGACCAAUGAGAACAAGGAGCUGGAGGCCGACACGGCAAACCUCUCGGACAAAGAGCUGAAGAAGCUGCGGAACAAGCAGCGGCGAGCCCAGAAGAAGGCCCAGCUGGAGGAGGAGAAGAAGAACGCGGAGAAGGAGAAGCAGCUGAAGAACCAGAAGAAGAAGAAGGAGGAUGACGAUGAGGAGAUCGGCGGGCCCAAAGAAGAGCUUGUCCCUGAGAAACUCGCCAAGGUAGAUAACCCACUGGAAGAAGCGGUCAAGUUCUUGACUCCCUUGAAAAACCUAGUGAAAAAUAAGAUAGACACUCAUCUCCUGGCAUUUGAGAUCUACUUUAGAAAAGAGAAGUUCUUGCUGAUGCUGCAGGCGGUGAAGAGGGCGGUCUCCAUUGACCCAGACCACCCUUGGCUCCACCAGUGUCUAGUUCGUUUCUUCAAAGGAGUGUCAGAGAGCAAAGACCUCCCCUUGGCCGUGCGCACAGUUCUGAAGCAGGAGAUAUCCCGGCUCUUUGGAGAGUGUGAUGCCAAGAGCUUCAACGAAGCCUUCCUCAGCAAGCACUCCAACUCCAUCCCUCACAGAGUGGCAGCUGGCAGAAUGAUGUUCUACCUGGACCCUAGCACGGAGAAGAAGGCUGUGGAGCUGGCCACUGCACUGGACGAGUCCCUCAACAACAGGGGCAUUCAGAUCUGCACGGAUGUGUUGGAGAGCCUCCACGACGGCACCCUGGGCGAUGGGCAGUCGAUGGCGGAAACGUACCGGGCGGAAUGUCACAAGCUCUUCCCCUACACGCUGGCCUUCAUGCCGCCGGGGUACGAGGAGAACAUGAAGAUCACCGUCAACGGCGACCUGUCCGCCGAGCCCGAGGAGCUGGCCAAUGACAUGUGAGGGAGCGAGGAGGGGGGGGGAGGGGCUGGAGAGACUCGGGGAGCCCGCCGCCAUUCCGGAACACCGCCGCCAGGGUCCUCGUUACGCCCCUUGCUGGUCUUCUUGAGACCUGGACUGAAUAACGAUGGCAUUGUAUUUGAGAAGAGAUGAUGGGGGAAAAAAAAAAACAGAAGAGAAUAAAAAUGGCCAUUUUACGUUUUUUAAUCUUGCUGACGACUACUCUCUAACUGAAAAUAAACAGUAAACACAAAAAAAGUGAAAGUCUCUGGAGACUGAAUGAACGAACAGCGGUGGGGUGCUCUGGAGGAGACGCAAUAGCAGAUCGGCUACAUGUAAACCACGUUCUAUCUACUUCCCAUGUUUUUAAAGUAAUUUAUAAAAAAUAAAAAUAUGAAAAUAAAAUGAUAGGCUACGAACACACAGCGGGGGAGGGGGUGUUGGGGAGGGCUUGGUGUGUGCCAAAAACCACUCCUUUAAAAAGAAAAUAAAGAGAAGGGUAUUGUGGGAAGGAGGGGGUCCACGCUUUUUGGCGCUUGGUUUGAACCCUGAGCACAAGGCGAGGAUCGCUGUGGCAUGGAUGUGGUCCAGUCUCUCGGCCUGCUGUUUCAAUGGCAGGACUCCACAAAUGGUUAUAAUGGGAGCCAAGAAAGACUUCCCCACCCCACUGAGGUAGGGGUCAAAGGUUACAGUAUGAAUGGCAAAUGCAUUGGUUUGCUUCUUUUUUUCUUUUUCUUUUUUUCCUCCUAAUGGGUUGCAAUGUAAGAGUUGAAUUUGGUGAUGUACAAAGCAGUAUCUUUAUGAAAAAUGUCAACCACACCCCCCUCCCCUCCCACCCCAGCAUCACUGUACAUCACGGUUUGCUUUUCUCUGUCUUAACUUGAAUGAGAGAAGUGGGUUUCUUUUUUUUGUUUGUUUGUUUGGGAAAUGUUAAUAGACCGGACAUGAUAUAUAAUAGUUUCUAAAAUAAAGGAGGCAUUUGUCAAUCAUACUGGAUUCUUUAUAAUGACCCACCCACACAAUCACACAGCAAGCUUCAUUAAAAAUGAGACCGUACUGCUGAAGAGGUGAACCAUUUUCCUUAGGGUUUUUUUUUUUUUGGUUUUGUUUUUUGUUUUUUGAAUGGUCAAAGAGAAGGGACGGUGAGCAGUAAGAUUUGUGUACAGACUCUGGUUGCCAGCAGUACUGGAUCUGCAUUCUCACCCAGUGAUACCUCUGGAGCUUUUCACAUGCCAAGGUUAUUGUUUUUGGUUUGUAAUACUAAACAUCGAACAUUAUUUCUCAUUCUGCAAUCUCAAAACAAGCCCCAGACUUUGUACAUUUUAAGAACAGGGGGCCAGUUAAUAUAUUUAAGCGUGUGUAUGCGAUUGUGUGCGUGUGUGUAUUCAUGUGUAUUUAUACAUUUGUGUAUAUACAGUAUACACACACAUGCAGGCAUGCAUACACAUGCAGGCAUAAAUACAUACAUGUAUACAUACAUGCAUACAUUUGCAUACACAUGGACACUUCUUUUCCUCCAGGAUCGGAUCGGCUCCAUCCUUUUCGGUUGUAAUGUUACUACUCCCCUUGUUGUCAAACACAUAAGAGGAACCAAAUAUACGAUGCAAUAAACUGUUUUGAAAAAGUA